AUGUCUACCGCGAGAGGAGGAGCUAUAGAGAGGAGGCACGCAGAAGUCGCUCGUCUGGUAGCCCAGAACAAAGCAUCCAAGACCUUCCACCGGAGGCCCAAAUCGACAGAGGGUAGCAUGAUUUCGCAAGGCGCUAUGAGCAAGACCGAUGAAAUGGCCAGGGAAGCCUAUGAGCACCGGAGACACGAAAUCCAUGAGCAACGAGGACACGAAGCCCAUGAGAGGCAGAGACACCGAACUGAUGAGAGGCAAGAACAGCAAACAGAUGAGAGGCAGAGGCACCAAGCCUACGAGAGGCAGAAACCGCAAGUCGAAAACAACCCGCGUCGCAACACCGAUGAGAAGAAGAAAACCCAAGGGAAAGUCUUGAUCAGCAAAGGCACUUUCCUGUUCUUCGGCGGUAAAACGGGCCCGAAUCUAAAGGCCAGAAUGAUUGACAGGCCCAACUGGCGGCCCGGUCAAUGA